UGUCCGGGGCAGAGUUCCCACGUCUGGGCGCGAAAAAAAACACGGGAAUUGCCGUAGCCCUCCACCCGUUGUCGCUGAGGGGAAAAGAAAAUUUUGUUUAGGUCAUAUCAGGUCUAUCGAUCCGCUUGAUCACUUGCAGCUUGCACACCCAACGACCCAGUCGAUCUACAGAGUUAGUCGACCUCGAAUACAAAAAGAAGAGAGCAUCAUGGCAGAAGAACAACUCCAAGAUAUCCCCGACACCGAGAUCGAGUCCAAUUGGGACCAGGUCGUAGACAACUUCGACAACAUGGAUUUGAAGCCGGAACUCCUCCGCGGUAUUUAUGCCUACGGUUUCGAACGUCCAUCCGCUAUCCAGCAGCGCGCUAUCGUCCCCGUGAUCAAAGGUCACGAUGUCAUCGCGCAAGCCCAAUCCGGUACCGGUAAAACCGCUACCUUCUCGAUAUCCAUCCUCCAGCAGCUCGAUAUGAGCAUAAAAGGGUGUCAAGCCCUCAUUUUGGCACCUACCCGCGAGCUGGCUCAGCAGAUCCAGAAAGUCGUCAUCGCUUUGGGCGACUACAUGAACAUCGAAUGCCAUGCCUGCGUUGGCGGUACAAACGUUCGUGAAGAUAUGGCUAAGUUGCAGGAGGGCGUGCAGGUCGUCGUCGGCACCCCUGGCCGGGUAUACGACAUGAUCAACCGACGAGCACUCAAGACAGAUCACAUCAAAAUCUUCUGUCUCGACGAAGCGGACGAGAUGUUGUCCCGUGGUUUCAAGGACCAGAUAUACGAGCUUUUCCAGUUGCUGCCGAGCGACACCCAAGUAGUCCUCCUUUCUGCGACGAUGCCGGCCGAUGUUUUGGAGGUGACGAAGAAAUUUAUGAGGGAUCCCGUUCGAAUUCUCGUCAAGAGAGAUGAGCUGACGCUUGAGGGUAUCAAACAAUUCUACAUCGCAGUUGAAAAGGAGGAGUGGAAAUUGGACACGCUUUGCGAUUUGUACGAGACUGUGACGAUUACGCAGGCGGUCAUCUUUUGCAAUACGAGACGGAAGGUCGACUGGUUGACCGAGAAGAUGCAUCUACGAGAGUUUACGGUCUCGGCCAUGCACGGAGACAUGGAACAAAAGCAGAGAGAGGUUUUAAUGAAGGAAUUCCGGUCUGGCUCAUCUCGUGUCCUCAUCACUACGGAUCUUUUGGCUCGCGGAAUUGAUGUCCAGCAAGUUUCACUCGUAAUCAACUAUGACCUUCCGACAAACCGGGAGAACUACAUCCACCGCAUUGGACGCGGUGGGCGGUUCGGACGUAAAGGCGUAGCCAUCAACUUUGUCACGACCGAAGACGUCAGGAUGCUGAGAGAUAUCGAACAAUUCUACAACACGCAGAUUGACGAGAUGCCUCUUAACGUUGCCGAUCUCAUUUAGAUUUAUUUGACACAAGAUUCGCGGUACGACCGCUAUAAUUGUGGUCGCCAUCGUGGAACACAGUCUUUGGAAAUUCUCUUGAUUGCAGUACCGUAAAAAGUGAUAGUCGUGUUCUCAGCAAGCUGGCAAGCUGUAUGGAGAUUACCGUUUUCCUAGUACCUCGUUCCUUUGCGUGUCGUGCAUAUGUAGUCCGUUUACACUGCGUCAUGAAAGCGGAAGUGGAGAUGCGACAUGUGGAACGACAUUCUCAUACAUGCCACACCCUUGCGGAUUGGGCUUCACAGGGCCUCACGCAGAAAUGAAAAGGACGUGGUAUC